AUGGCGCGUUCAGACGUCGUUCCGGGAGGACGUGCGGGGAAGGCGAUGGCGGCCGCCACUGCCGCCGCGAGUGGCGGCGGUGGCUCGUCCGUGUCGUUGCAGGACGCGGAUAAGAAGAGCCAUCGCGCGGCGCGGUCAGGGCCGGCGGCGGAGCGCAAGAAGGAGAAAGAUAAGAAGAAACGCGGCGUGGACGACGACGCGGAGGAACGCGAGAACCCGCGAGCGUUUGCUUUCCGCUCGUCGCGUCGGGCCAAGCUACAGGUGGCGAGGAGGGUGGAGCUGCAGCAGCGGCGCAUGCACGCGCCCAGUGCCGCUGCCACACGCGCUCAGGCACUGGAGCCACCUCCGUUCGUGGUGCUGGUGCAGGGGCCACCUAAGGUGGGUAAGACGACGCUCAUCCGCUCAUUGAUAAAGCACUACACCAAGCACAACAUUCCAGACGUCAAGGGACCAAUCACUGUCGUCUCAGGCAAGAAGCGCCGUCUCCUCUUCAUAGAGUGCAGCGGCAGCGUGCACGCCAUGUUGGAUGCGGCAAAGUUUGCAGACCUCGUGCUGCUGCUCAUCGAUGGCAGCUUCGGCUUUGAGAUGGAAACCUUUGAGUUCCUGAACAUGCUGCAGGUGCACGGUUUCCCCAAGGUCAUGGGCGUGCUGACGCACCUGGACGGCUUCAGAGACCCGCGCAAGCUCAAGAAGACCAAGAAGACGCUCAAGCACCGCUUCUGGACGGAAAUUUAUGACGGGGCGAAGCUGUUCUACCUCUCAGGGCUCAUUCACGGCAGGUACCCCAAGCGCGAGGUGCUGAAUCUGGCUCGGUUUAUUUCAGUGGCCAAGUUCCGCCCGCUCUCCUGGCGAACUGCGCACGGCUACGUGGUGGCCGACAGGGUGGAAGAUCUAACGGAGACGGAGAAUGUUCGGAGAAACCCUAAAUGCGAUCGGACGGUCGCGAUUUACGGGUAUUUGCGUGGGUGCAAUCUGAAGCAGGGCUUUAAGGUGCAUAUUGCCGGGGUGGGUGACGUGGCGGUGGAGUCGAUUACGCAGCUGCCCGACCCCUGCCCGCUGCCCGGGGCGAAAAAGAAGCGGAGUUUAAAUGAGCGGGAGAAGCUUCUUUAUGCGCCGAUGGCUGAUAUAGGGGAUAUACUGUACGAUAAAGAUGCGGUUUAUAUUAAUAUUCCGGAUCAUCAGGUGCAGUAUUCUAAGGUUGAGGUGAAGGGAAGAGGAGGGAAAGAGGAGGACGAUGAGUGGUCGGAUGAGGGAGAGGGGGGUGAGGGGAGGAAGAGAGAGGAAGAUGAUGAUGAGGAAGAGGAGGAAGAGGACGAGGACGAGGACGAGGAGGGGGAGGGGGAGGGGAAGGGAGGGAAAGGGAGGGUGGGGGGUGGAAAGCAGAAGGAUGAGGGAGAGGAGAUGGUGAAAACCCUGCAGGCUGCUGACGUGGCGGUUGAUGAUAAGCUGAAAUCGAGCACGAUCUCGCUGUUCAAAGGGACGGCCCCGAUUCGAGAUGUGAGUGAGUUGGAAGGCGGGAGCGAGGAGGAGAUGGGUGGGGAGGAGGAGGAUGGAGAGGGGAGUGAAGAGGAUGAAAGUGAGGAUGAGGAGGAGAUGGGUGGGGAGGAGGAUGAGGAGGAGGGGGGUGAGGAGGAAACGGGUCUGAAGGAGGAGAGGAGGAGGGAUGCAAAGGGAAGGAUGAGGCGUGCAGUGGUUUUCGAAGGAGACGGUGCUGAGAAUGAGGAUGAGGGGGAGGAUGAGGAAGAGGAGGAGGAGGAUGACGAGGAGGAUGAUGAUGAUGGGGAGGAGGAUGAUGAUGGGGAGGAGGAUGAUGAUGGGGAGGAGGAGGAAGAGGGAUGGGAGCUAGAGGAGGAAGGAAAGGAGGGAGGUGCAAUGGAGGAGGAAGAUGAAAUGGACGAGGAAAUGGAAGAGGAGGAGGAAGGGGAUGAAGACGAAGAGAAGGAGGAGGAGGAGGAUGGUGUGAAAGAGCCAACGAGGCAGCAGCUAGAGAAGUGGGCUGAUAGGGAAGCCAUGGAAAAUGAGGGAACGGACUCUGAGGAAGAUGAGGAGGAGGAUGAGGAGGAGGAGGAGGAGGAGGAGGAGGAGGACGGUGAAGAGGAGGAAGGAGGGAAGGUAGUGGGAUUGAAAAAGGAUGUUUUGCAGGCCGAGAAAGGGGAGGCUGCGGCCAAGUGGAAGGAAGGCUUGGCUGCUCGGGCAGCCAAAAUGUUUUCGAGAAAGCUGAGCCUGAUGGAAUUGGUUUACGGGCAGAAGGGCGGGGGUGGCAUUAAAGGAAAAGAAAAAGGUUUUGGCAAAGGAGCUAGUGGUGAGGGAAGUGAGGAGGAGGAGGAUGAGGAGCAGGACGAGGAGGAAGAGGAGGAGGAGGAGGAGCUUUUUCGGCCAAGGAGGAAGCAGCAGGACGGCUCCUCCUCUCAAGCUGCACUCACUGACGACAUAGAUGCAGAGGACUGUGUGAGAGUGCGUCCAGAUGCAGUGAACCUGGCACAGUGGGACAAUCCCGAGGUGGUGGAAUCCCUCAGGGACCGGUUUGUGACUGGGAACUGGUCCAAGGCGGGUGAGAGGCGGCGCAAGGGGGGGGCGAAGGGGAAGAAAGGCGGGGGAGAGGAUGGGGGGAGUGAUGAGGAGGAGGAUGGGGAGGAGGAGGAGGAGGAGGAUGUGUUUGGGGAUUUUGAAGAUCUAGAGACUGGGGAGAAAUUUGGACCUGCGGGGGAAGGGGAGGGGGGAGGCGGGGGAGCAGGAGGGGGAGGAGGGGCAGGUGGAGCAGGAGGGGGAGGGAAGACGAUUGAAGGAGCAGCUGGAAGCGAGGAAGCAGAGGACGGAAGCGGCUCUGCCGGAGGUGGACGAAGCCGGCCGAGUGGUCACUCCUGCCCCUUCUCUCCCCCCUCUCCGCCCCUUCUCUCCCCCCUCUCCGCCCGUUCUCUCCCCCCUCUCCGCCCCUUCUCUCCCCCCUCUCCGCCCGUUCUCUCCCCCCUCUCCGCCCGUUCUCUCCCCCCUCUCCGCCCCUUCUCUCCCCCCUCUCCGCCCCUUCUCUCCCCCCUCUCCUCCCCUUCUCUUCCCCCUCUCCUGCCCCUUCUCUCCCCCCUCUCCUCCCCUUCUCUCCCCCCUCUCCUCCCCCUGUCUCCCCCCUCUCCUCCCCCUGUCUCCCCCCUCUCCUCCCCCUGUCUCCCCCCUCUCCUCCCCCUGUCUCCCCCCUCUCCUCCCCCUGUCUCCCCCCUCUCCUCCCCCUGUCUCCCCCCUCUCCUCCCCCUGUCUCCCCCCUCUCCUCCCCCUGUCUCCCCCCUCUCCUCCCCCUGUCUCCCCCUCUCCUCCCCCUGUCUCCCCCCUCUCUCCCCCUGUCUCCCCCCUCUUCUCCCCCUGUCUCCCCCCUCUCCUCCCCCUGUCUCCCCCCUCUCCUCCCCCUGUCUCCCCCCUCUCCUCCCCCUGUCUCCCCCCUCUCCUCCCCCUGUCUCCCCCCUCUCCUCCCCCUGUCUCCCCCCUCUCCUCCCCCUGUCUCCCCCCUCUCCUCCCCCUGUCUCCCCCCUCUCCUCCCCCUGUCUCCCCCCUCUCCUCCCCCUGUCUCCCCCCUCUCCUCCCCCUGUCUCCCCCCUCUCCUCCCCCUGUCUCCCCCCUCUCCUCCCCCUGUCUCCCCCCUCUCCUCCCCCUGUCUCCCCCCUCUCCUCCCCCUGUCUCCCCCCUCUCCUCCCCCUGUCUCCCCCCUCUCCUCCCCCUGUCUCCCCCCUCUCCUCCCCCUGUCUCCCCCCUCUCCUCCCCCUGUCUCCCCCCUCUCCUCCCCCUGUCUCCCCCCUCUCCUCCCCCUGUCUCCCCCCUCUCCUCCCCCUGUCUCCCCCCUCUCCUCCCCCUGUCUCCCCCUCUCCCCCCCUGUCUCCCCCCUCUCCUCCCCUUCUCUCCCCCCUCUCCUCCCCCUGUCUCCCCCCUCUCCUCCCCCUGUCUCCCCCCUCUCCUCCCCUUCUCUCCCCCCUCUCCUCCCCCUGUCUCCCCCCUCUCCUCCCACAACCCCUGCAGUUGAAGGAGCAGCUGGAGGCGAGGAAGCAGAGGACCGAGGCGGCACUGGCAGAGGUGGACGAGGCCACGCGUGGUUUUUCUGGGGCUUACCUUACCCCUAUUGCCACCUCUUCCCCCUCUUGUCUGCCUCCGUUCCCUCCCUCGCAAUCCCGCCAGUUGAAGGAGCAGCUGGAGGCGAGGAAGCAGAGGACCGAGGCGGCACUGGCAGAAGUCGACGAGGCUACCCGUGUGGCAAUGGAGGGCUUCCCCGUGGGGGCGUACCUGCGCCUGCUGUUCCGUGCACUGCCGGGAGAAUUCAUGCUCCACUUUGACCCGCGGGUGCCUGUCCUGGGAGUAGGCUUCCCCGUGGGCGCGUACCUGCGCCUGCUGUUCCGCGCUCUACCUGGGGAGUUCAUGCUGCACUUUGACCCGCGAGUUCCCGUGCUUGUGGGAGCUGUCCCGCCCACGGAGGAAGCGCUUGGAUACCUGAGGGUGAGUGGGAAGACACAGGGAGGGAGGAGGGCUUCCCCGGUGCUCAAGACUCGAGACCCUCUUGUGCUUCCAACCCCUCAUUCCUCCCUCUCCUCCCCACCCUUCCCCUCCCCCCUCCCCACACUUCCCCCACCAGGUGCGGAUGAAGAAGCACCGGUGACACCGGAAAGCAUUCAAGACUCGAGAGCCCCUCGUCCUCUCAGCGGGGUGGCGGCGCUUCCAGUCCGUGCCCGUGUGCGGCUGAAGAAGCACCGGUGGCACCGCAAGGUGCUGAAAACGCGGGACCCCCUCGUCCUGUCCGCUGGAUGGCGGCGCUUCCAGUCCGUGCCCGUGUUUGCCAUGGAGGAUACCAACGGGCGGCACAGACUCAUCAAGUACACGCCCGAGCACAUGCACUGCCUGGCUGUCAUGUGGGCGCCGCUGCUGCCGCCCAACACUGGCCUUCUUGCCCUGUCUUCGGGUGCUGCUAGCGGCAACAGCAAGCAGGCGUCCUUCCGCAUCAGCGCUACAGGCGUGGUGUUGGAGCAGCAGCAGUCGGCCCAGGUGGUGAAAAAGCUCAAGCUGGUGGGCACGCCUGUGAAGAUCUUCCGCCACACCGCGUUCAUCAAGGACAUGUUCUCCUCCCAGCUUGAGGUUGCGCGGUUUGAAGGGGCGGCUGUGCGGACUGUAUCAGGCAUCCGCGGGCAGAUCAAGAAGGCUCUGAAGCACGGGCAAGGCCCGGAAGGCAGUGUGAGGUGCGCCUUUGAGGACAAGAUUCUGAUGAGCGACAUUGUCUUCCUGCGCGCCUGGGUCAAGGUGGCCGUGCCCAAGCUCUACAACCCCGUCUGCACGCUGCUCCAAUCAGCGAGCGCCACGUGGCAAGGCAUGAAGACUGUGGCUGAGCUCAGGCGGGAGCAGCAGCUGCCCAUCCCCGUUAACAAGGACUCCCUUUACAAGCCCAUCGAGAGGCGUCCGCGUUCAUUCAACCCGCUCAAAGUCCCGGCGAAGCUGCAGGCCGCCCUGCCCUUCUCCUCCAAGCCUAAGGACGAGGCUCGGCGCACAACACCGAGCCUGGAGCAGCAGCGGCCGGCGGUGGUGCUGGAGCCUCAGGAGAGGCGGCUGCACACUAUGGUGCAGCAGCUCAACACCAUCAAGAACCAAAAGGUGAAGAAGCGGAGGGAGACGACGCGCAAGAAGCGAGCAGAAUACGAGAAGCGCAAGGCAGCGGACGAGGAGGAGCAGAAGUACAGGCGGCGCGAGGAGAAGAGGGAGAAGUACAGGAAGGAGGCGAAGCGGAAGUUCGGGGGUGGUAGGGGUGGGGAUGAUGAUGGGGGCCAGCCUGGAAAGAAGGGCCGUGGGCUACAGGCUGAGUAG